CACAGCCUCUGCCUCGGGUACCAUGAAGAUCUCCGCAGCUGUCCUCACCAUCAUCCUCAUUGCUGCUGCUCUCUGCACCCCUGCACCUGCCUCCCCGUAUGGCUCGGACACCACUCCCUGCUGCUUUGCCUACCUCUCCCUCGCGCUGCCUCGUGCCCACGUCAAGGAGUAUUUUUACACCAGCAGCAAGUGCUCCAACCUUGCAGUCGUCUUUGUGACUCGAAGGAACCGUCAAGUGUGUGCCAACCCAGAGAAGAAGUGGGUUCAAGAAUACAUCAACUACUUAGAGAUGAGCUAGAAUAGAGGGUUUCUUGAUCCUGACCCUGUAUAACUUACCUGUCAUUGCUUGCUCUAGUCUCAACCAGCUUGGGGAUGCCACUCAGCAACCCCCUACUCCCACUCAUUCCUGGGAGGACAUAGAUGCUACCAUACCAUAGAGAUUAUAACAGUGUCCUCUAAAGCUUGGGAGGUGUACUGAGGCCCUGCCAUGGCAACGGAAACUUUCCAGAUCUUGAACUUCAGGCU